CCGUCACCACCGCGGGGACCUUCCCGCCUCGCCGCCGCCUCCCCGCGCCGCGGCCGGCCGGGUGUUCUGCGUGUUCCCGGGCCCGGUGCGGGCGCAGCAUGCGCGGGGCUGCGUUCUGAUCGCCGCCGCCUCAAGCCGCGAUGAUCCCGCCCGAGCCCCCUCAGCAGCAGCAGCUGCAGCCGCAGCAGCAUCAGCAGCAGCAGCAGCAGCAUCAGCAGCACCAGCAGCAACAGCAGCAGCAGCAGCUGCAGCCGCCACCGCCGGCCCCGCCGAACCAUGUGGUGACCACCAUCGAGAACCUGCCGGCCGAGGGCAGCGGCGGCGGCAGCCUGUCCGCGUCCUCCCGGGCCGGCGUGCGCCAGCGGAUCCGCAAAGUGCUGAACAGAGAGAUGUUAAUCUCCGUGGCUCUGGGCCAGGUGUUAUCCCUCCUUAUUUGUGGAAUUGGCUUGACCAGCAAGUACCUGUCAGAAGAUUUCCAUGCCAACACACCAGUUUUCCAGAGUUUCCUCAAUUACAUUCUUCUCUUCUUGGUCUAUACCACCACACUAGCUGUCAGACAAGGAGAAGAAAAUCUCCUGGCAAUUUUACGACGAAGAUGGUGGAAAUACAUGAUCUUGGGACUUAUAGACCUGGAAGCAAAUUACCUGGUGGUCAAGGCUUACCAGUAUACAACUCUAACCAGUAUCCAGCUCCUGGACUGUUUUGUCAUCCCGGUGGUGAUUUUGCUGUCCUGGUUCUUCCUGUUGAUCCGGUACAAGGCUGUGCACUUCAUUGGCAUCGUUGUUUGCAUCCUUGGAAUGGGCUGCAUGGCCGGAGCAGAUGUGCUUGUGGGAAGGCAUCAGGGAGCAGGGGAAAAUAAGUUGGUAGGGGACCUUCUGGUGUUAGGAGGAGCCACUCUAUAUGGGAUCUCUAACGUCUGGGAAGAAUAUAUCAUCCGAACCCUCAGUCGAGUGGAAUUCCUGGGAAUGAUUGGACUCUUUGGUGCAUUUUUCAGUGGAAUUCAAUUAGCUAUAAUGGAGCACAAGGAGCUGUUAAAGGUGCCCUGGGACUGGCAAAUAGGGUUGCUCUAUGUAGGCUUUAGUGCCUGCAUGUUUGGUCUUUACAGCUUUAUGCCCAUUGUCAUAAAGAAAACCAGUGCAACUUCAGUCAACCUCUCCUUGCUCACAGCGGACUUGUACAGCCUGUUCUGCGGAUUGUUUCUUUUCCACUACAAGUUUUCAGGACUAUACCUCCUGUCCUUCUUCACCAUUCUCAUCGGGCUGGUGCUCUACUCCUCCACGUCCACAUACAUAGCCCAGGAUCCUCGGGUAUACAAGCAGUUCCGCAACUCUUCAGGACCUGUUGUGGACUUACCAACCACAGCCCAGGUGGAGCCUUCGGUUACCUAUACCAGCCUGGGCCAGGAGACAGAAGAGGAGCCCCACGUGCGUGUGGCCUAAAUAAGGCCCUCCCUGCCCACUGAGGGCAUCUCAGUGGCCAUGUGCUUGCCCAUCGUCUCUGUAUUGUACAUAGAGAAAGGUAUUUCUUAGGUGCAGUUUACACAGGUGGACUGCAAGGUAGCAAAUCUGAAAACCUGGAGAAUGCACGAGCUAAACGUCCCAGGAGGCAGAGUCUCAGAUCCACCUGACUUGGAGAAAAAUCUAGUUAGCGUGUAUCCUGACCACAUCCCCAACCCCACGUCAAUUACUGUGAAAUUUUUUAAUCAAAAGCAAGUAUUAUUAUUAUUUGUAUUAUUAUUGUUACUCUUAUUACACCUUCAGGAGGAUGUUUUGUACUCCUGUUGGGAACUAUUGCCAGAUCUCCAUGAAGUUGACAUAAAUCCCACUUUUCUAUGGCAAGUCCCUUUGGAAGAAUCAUCCUUUCUUUGUUUGUCUCACAGUCCGUGAGUGCUGCAUGCCACGGAACUCUACCCCUGAGAAGUUUCCUUGUCCCCGGGACCGGGUAGCUAAUGGUUUCUUCUCUGUUACCUGUUGGAUUACCUGCUCAAUGAAUAUUCUGUGCUAACCCUUGUCGGGAAGGGCAACUGAUCAUACAAUUUUCUAUUCUAGGAAUAGAUAUGAAAAAAACAUUUUAGCCUUUUUAUAUCUAAAUCUCUGAUUACUCCAGGCCGUUGCCUUUCUGUUAUGCCACGUGAUUAUGCUAAUCAAGUCCCUGUUAUAGCAGAUUAAGGAAGUCUUAUGAGAGAUCCUGGAAAUAACAUCAUACAUGUUCAGGAUAAUAAAUAUUUUUAAAAAAUCUUUAUGUGGGGCCAGAAUAAUAGUAUAACUGGAAGGACACUUACCUUGCACAUGGCCAACCCAGGUUUGAUCCACAGCACCCCAUAUGCUCCUUGAGCCUUCCAGGAGUGAUCCCUGAACAACAUCAGUGUGACUCACAAACAAAAACAAAAAUCUUUCUGCUCCUCCCUAGACCUGUAUUCAAGAAAAGGUCAGAUUUUCCAUUCUUUCUUAGAUUUCUUUGGUGAUAAC